CUCUUGGUCGCGUCGCUCGUCGCGGCGUAUCGGAUCCGCCUCUACGCGGUCCGCGACUACGGCCGCGUCAUCCACGAGUUCGACCCGUGGUUCAACUUUCGCGCGACGCAGUACUUGGUCGACAACGGUCGCGAGAAGUUCUUCAAGUGGUUCGAUCACAGCGUGUGGUACCCGCUCGGACGACCGGUCGGGACGACGAUCUACCCCGGGAUGCAAUUCACGGCCGCGGGAAUCUACAACGCGCUGAACGCCAUCCCGGACGUGACCGUUUCCCUGAACGACGUCUGCGUCUUCAUGCCAGCGGCGUUCUCCGUCCUCGCGUCGCUGUUCACCGGCGGGAUCGCGUGGGAGGCUGCGAGCGAGGGGAACAAAGCGUCCUCCGCCGUCGUCGCGAUCGCGGUGAUGGCGAUCCAACCCGGGCACCUGAUGCGAUCCGUCGCCGGCGCGUUCGACAACGAGUCCGUCGCCGUGACCGCGAUCACGGGGACGUUCUACUGGUGGGUCCGGUCGUUGCGGACGCAAAAGUCGUGGCAGUUCGCCUUCAUCGCCGCGGCGAGUUACUUUUACAUGGUCGCCGCGUGGGGCGGGUACACGUUCGUCGUGAACAUGAUCGGCGUCCACGCCGGCGUCUCCAUGCUCGCCGGGCGGUUCUCGUUCAAACUCUGGCGGUCGUACUCGAUCUUCUACGCGCUCGGCACCGCGGCCGCGACGCGCGUGCCCGUCGUCGGGAUGAUGCCGUUCCAGUCAAUGGAGCAGAUGGGCCCGCUGUUCGUCUUCUUCAUGUGCCAGCUGUACGCCGUCUCCGAGUCGCGUCGAAAGACGCUGAGCGACCGCGAGUACGAGACAUUUCGCAAGCGUCUCACCUCCGUCGGCGUCGGCGUCGCCGCGGUGAUCAUCGGCGCGCUCAUCCAGUCCGGGAAGAUCGGUCCUCUGUCCGCGCGCGUUCGCGGGCUCUUCGUCCCGCACACGCGCACCGGGAACCCGCUCGUGGACUCCGUCGCGGAGCACCAAGCGACGCAAGGCGACGUGUACGUGAAGUACUUCCACUUCAACGUCCUCACGGCGCCGUGCGGCGCAUUCGCGUGCCUGCUGUUCCGACGCACGGACGCGCGCGUCUUCGUGGCGUCCUACUUUCUCGUGUCGUGGUACUUCUCGAGCAAGAUGGUCAGGCUCGUGUUGCUCCUCGCGCCCGCGGUCGCGGUGUCGACGGGCAUCGCGCUCGGUGCCGUCAUCGAGUGGGUCGCGGCGGAGGCGGCGACGUUCGCGGAGAUUCGAUUGGAUCCGGACGCGGUGCGCGCCAACGCCGCGGCCGCGGCGAAGACCCCGCCCGGCGGGACCCCAGGCGGCCGCGCCGCGCGCCGCGCGAUGGAUAAGAGAGGGAGGAAGAGCUCGUCGAACGGCGGGGCGUUCCGGAUCACCGAGCUGCCGUCCGUCGCGAAGCGAAAGUUCCGCGAGAGCCCGGCGUUUCGCAAGGCGCUCGCGGGCGUCGUCGUCGCGUUAUUCGCGCUCACCUCGCGCGCGUUUUCGAAAACGUGCGACCGCAUGGCGCUGCAGAUGUCCGAGCCGAGCAUCAUGGUCCGCGGGCACUACCCGAACGGCGACGUCGUCAUGCUCGACGACUUCCGCGAGAGCUACUGGUGGCUGCGCGAUAACACCCCCGAGGACGCGCGCGUGAUGUCGUGGUGGGACUACGGGUACCAGAUCAACGGCGUCGCGAACCGCACGACGCUCGCCGACGGCAACACGUGGAACCACGAGCACAUCGCGCUCCUCGGAAAGUGCCUCACGUCCCCGGAGGAGGAGGGGUACCAGAUCGUGAGGCACCUCGCGGACUACGUCUUGGUGUGGACGACGCGGUUCGCGGGGAUGCACGGGGACGACCUCGCGAAGGCGCCGCACAUGGCGCGCAUCGCCGGGUCCGUGUACCCGGAUGUGAGACAGGAAGGGUUCUACGUCGACGAACGCGGGAACCCGUCGGACACGAUGCGCGAAUCUUUGCUGUAUCGUCUGCACUCGUACGGCCGGGACACAGAGAUCGAGCCGUUGGAGCACUACGAGGAAGUGUACCAGAGCAAGCACUCGAUGGUGCGGAUAUGGAAAGUGUUGGACGUCGACGUCGAGAGCAAAGGCGCCGGCGCGCACCGCGCGUGCGAUGGUGGCGGGUGGUACUGCCCCGGGGGGUACCCGGACGCGCUGCGAGAGACGCUCGCGUCGAAGCGGGACUUUCAGCAGAUU